AUGCUUGUUAUGAGUUGUCCAGCCACAACCAAUGAGCCAGAGAGCUGCAGCAGCGAGGGGAGCAGCUGCACCACUUCCUCCAUCUCCACCUCCGACCCAUCCUCUAUGUCUGGACACACUCACGCCACCCUACCUUCCCUCAGCGAUGACCCCGACACCUCCAGGCAUGAAGCUCCCCCACCUCCUCCCCUGCCGCCCCCGCCUCCAGGAGCACCCCCGCCCCCUCCACCUCCAUCAACCACGUCCACCAACCAGAACGCGAGAAAGAAGCGGCGCGUCCGCAGCUUCUUCUGGAAGCCGAUACCGGAGGAAAAGGUACGCGGAAAGCCCAACAUCUGGACUAUGGCGGUGCGGCAGCAGCAGUACCAGAUCGAUGUUCGCUCUGUGGAGGAGCUGUUCGGGCAGCAGGAGGAGGCCGUGUUGGGCGUACGUGGGACGACAGCGGCCAGUGGAACCUCAACUCGUGUCUCCAGGUCUCGAUCCUUCAAGGAGAGCAGCAAGGAUGAGAUCAGUAUUCUUGACUCCAAGAGGGGGAUGAAUGUGGGCAUUUUCCUGAAGCAGUUCAAGAAGUCCAACCGCUCUAUUGUUGAAGACAUACGACGUGGAGAAGGAAAGGUCUAUGGAGCGGAGCUGCUCAAAGACCUCCUGAAGCUGCUGCCUGACGCAGAGGAGAUCAAGAAACUUCAGGCUUUUAAAGGAGACCCAGACAAGCUGACACUGGUCGAUUCCUUUAUGUACCUCUUGAUCCAGGUGCCUCAAUUCGAGGUUCGGAUCGAGGCUAUUGUCCUCCAGGAAGAGUUCUUCCCUUCCUGUGCUGUAAUGAGCCACGAGAUCGAUGUCGUCCGCGUCGCCACUAAAGAGCUGAUGAGCUGCGAGGAGCUUCAUGCCAUUCUGCAUCUGGUGCUGCAGGCCGGAAACAUCAUGAACGCUGGUGGCUACGCAGGCAACGCUGUGGGGUUCAAGCUGUCAUCCCUCCUCUCAUUGGCUGACACCAAGGCCAACAAGCCAGGAAUGAACCUGCUGCACUUUGUCGCCAUGGAGGCAAAGAAAAAAGAUGAGAAGCUGCUCAAGUUUCCAGAGAAACUUCAUGAUGUCCAGAGUGCAUCCAGAAUCUCAGUAGAAAACAUCGAGGUGGAGUUUUCCUCCUUAUACGUUCGGAUUAAAUCCCUGGAGGAGAAGGUUCAAGGAGACCAGGAGCUACUGCAGCAGCUGGAGCCCUUUUUGCAGAGUUCAGCACAGACACUUCAGGACCUGAAGAGACGCAGGCUGGAUCUGCGUAAAGAGGGAAACGCCCUCAUCGAUUUCUUUUGCGAAGACAAGGACACCUUUAAGCUUGAUGAGUGCUUCCGCAUCUUUCAAGAUUUCUGCAUCAAGUUCAAGAAAGCUGUCAAGGACAACACGGAUCGCGAGUUGAAGGAAGCAGCCAGACAGCGUCGUCUAAGAGAGUUGGAGGAAAAGCGCUUUGCUUGGUCGGGUGCGGAUCAGAGCAGCGUAUUUGGUCGGAGCAGCAGCGAGAACGACGUGGAGAUGCUCACCAAGGAAGGGCUUCUGGACUUCUUCCAGCAGAGGUCUCAGAGUCCACAUAGCCCGCUGGGACGUUCUGCCAGCGCCCGCCGCCACCGUCACACCAUGACCUCCAUAGCAGACCGAGAACUCCAAGGAUACCUUGAACUAUUUGGAGGAACUGGGAAUCCCACAGACUAUUCCAAGUUUAACAGCCUACCUCGGCCAGGCCGCAUCAUGCAACGUAAGACGACCCCCUGGAUCUCGGCCCAGGACGACAACCGUGAGCUGGGCUGUGACAGGCAGGUGACGUCUCCCCAUGCUGAAACUGAGCCCAUCAGCCCACUGGCCAAGUUUUCCUCCUCUGGGCUAAAUGAUAAUGAUCCAUACAACAACAAUAUUUACUCAUCUGUGUCAGAGGGCAGCGCUCUGCCUCAUUCCUUUUGUGUCUUUCAGAAGCCUGCUCAUCUUCCAACCCCCACAGUUACCGGCCACAUGAAUGUUAGUGUGGAGAAGCACACUUUAGUUCGAGGUCCUCAAGCUUUUGACCUUCCUAGUCCAAACAAUAACAGUAAUCAUAUGCACUUUGUCAACGAGGGGGAUGUCGUAGUGACUGAUUUGGAAAGAGAGAGACCGUCACCACCCAUAAGUCUGGACAACCUCCUACAUGAUAGAGUUUUAGAAAGAAGAGCAGAUCCCAAAGCAGCCUGGGAAGGUAAAAUAGAUACUCCUACACAGACUGACGUCUCUCCAGAGAAAGAAGAAGAGGACAACAGCACAGUUUCAUCAACAACCUGUGAUACACCCCUCCCACUAGACACCUCUGUAUCUAAUAAGAAACCAAUGUUUUAUAUACUAGACUGCACAGAAACAGACUGUUCCGUCACUUUGGAUUACUCUGAGGUUGAAAGCUCGUCUUUAACCAAAGAGGGACUUUUCAGAAUGACUGAGUGCAGCAAAGACCAGGAGAGCCAGCAAGAUCCAAGCUCUCUGUCCUCUAAUUUGGAGUCUAUGUCUCCCAACGAUCAGUCUGUUUCAACAAAUGAGCUUUCGGCGCCAAAAUCUGUAGACACAGCAUCCAUGACUCCGUCUCCUACCACAGAGGAGUGGGACACAGAGAGCUGUGACACUGCUGAGGGAAAACAAGUUGUGGAGAAAGAGGCUCAGAAAAUCAGCAGAAAACCAGCUCAGACAAAGAGCAAAGCUAACAAAGCGACCAAAUCUAGUGGAGGUCGCAGCGUGCGAACGCUGACCAGCAACGAGAGCCAGGGCAUGCGCAAAGUCGUGCCCAUUAGCAAGCUUGCAAGGACAGGUAGCAGCAAAAAAGCAGAGGUGCAUGACAGUGGAGAGUCACGCCGGCCUCUUCGAGACCAGAGCACCCCGGCGAGGGGAAGGAGCGAGAAGACCACAAGACCGCUUCGACACUCCAGUCUGCCUCCUGAUGAGUCGAAGGUUCAGAAGGGAAGCGGCCUCACAGGCGGCAUUUCAAGAUGGGCACGUGACUCAACCCCAAAAAAAGCUUCCAUCCACAAGCCGAGCGCCAAACCUCUGAGGAACAUCCCCAAGCCUGCACCUGAGGAGAAGAUGUGCCGCUCCACCAUGAGAGCCCUGGCACAAGCCCAAGCUCAGGCUCAGGCUCAGGCUCAGGCUCAGGUCAGGGCUCAGGCUGGGAGCUUUCCUCUGAGAACAGCAGCUCUCCACACACUCAGCUAAAAAAACACUUCCGGUGUCCCCCGCUUUGCUCGCAGCACUGUAGCUUCGACUUCCAGGGGUCAAGAAGGAGCUGAGCACCCCGUCCGGGUCCCCUCCACCCCAAUCUCGCAGCCCUCGGCUUCUAGCUCGACAAACCCUGUGAAGCAGAACAGGUUGUCACCCACAGUUCAAACUAGCGAGGAGCGGCACAAGGGCCAAACCUUGCGACGGGUGUUUAGUGUUGAAAGCGGCAUCGCAGUGCCUACCGCGUGA